UGUAAAGACCCCUGGACCAUGGGCUUAGGCGCCAGCCAGCCCCGCCAAUCCCUUGCAGUCAUCGCCUAUUCUUAUCACCAAUUCUCAUCACCAAUUCUCAUCACCAAUUCUCAUCACCAAUCGUAUCCUUCUUGCUGUCCAUAAAUACUAGCGAUCGUUAAUUACCCAGAAAAAUGGCCUUGAUUCAUUUAGAAUUAUCCCUUUGUUAUCCAACUUUAAAUUUUGAACAGUAUCUGACAUGGCCAACAAGGUGAUCAGUAGUUCGAGGAUCAAGACAAUUAUGAACGGUGGCCGUUCUAUCACUGUCAAGUACGCAACCCAAACCGACUCUUGGACACGUUCCUACCUUGCAACGGACGUGCAGGAGACAUUCAGUAAAGCCAUGGAAACGGCAGAUGUGCCUACUGGUGCUACGACUGCUAUCAUGACUGAAACUGAGCAUCCCAGCAAGAAAGAUUCGUAUCCUCACUACACCACUGUUUAUCAGGAUGAGAAAGGAGAGCAUAUUAGGACUAAGCAUGUCUACCCUUAG